AUGUCAUAUUCAACAUCAUCAUCAUCAUCAUCAUCAUCAUCAUCAUCAUCAUCAUCAUCAUCAUCAUCAUCAUCAUCAUCAUCAUCAUCAUCAUCAUCAUCAUCAUCAUCAUCAUCAUCAUCAUCAUCAUCAUCAUCAUCAUCAUCAUCAUCAUCAUCAUCAUCAUCAUCAUCUUCUAUCCUUAUCCUUAUCUUUAUUUAA